GGGGCCGGGGGGCGGUGGAGGCCUGGCGACCCCCCAGCUGCUGCCUGUGUCUCUGCAGAUGGCUGAGUACAAGAGGGCGACCCUGCAGGACGAGGAGAAUCCAGAGCCCCCCGGGGAUGGGAACGCCUCUCCGGAUAGUGUGGAGGUGGGUUUCCGGAAGGGAGCGGGCCCUGUCCUCGGCCCCCGCACCCAGCUGGAACUGGCCCUGGGGGGGAUCUCGCUGCUGCUGGCUGGGUUGCUGCUGGGGUGCCUCGUGGCGUUGGGCGUCCAGUACAGCCGUGACCCGGCUCACACGAUCUGUCUGACGGAGGCCUGCGUCCGGGUGGCGGGGAAGAUCCUGGAGUCCCUCGACCCCGGGGUGAGCCCCUGCGAGGACUUCUACCAGUUUUCCUGCGGGGGCUGGGUGCAGCGGAAUCCGCUGCCGGACGGGCGAUCCCGCUGGAAUACCUUCAACAGCCUCUGGGACCAGAACCAGGCGGUGCUCAAGCAUCUGCUAGAGAACGCCACUUUCAACUCCAGCAGCGAGGCAGAGCGUAAAACCCGGCGCUUCUAUCUCUCCUGCUUGGGGGAGCAGCGGAUAGAGGAGCUGGGGGCUCAACCACUGAGGGAUCUCAUCGACAAGAUUGGUGGCUGGAACAUCACAGGGCCCUGGGGCCAGGAGAACUUCCUGGAAGUGCUGAAGACGGUGUCGGGAACUUACCGAGCCAGCCCCUUCUUCACCGUCUACGUCAGCGCCGACUCCAAGAGCUCCAACAGCAAUGUCGUCCAGGUGGACCAGUCAGGCCUCUUCCUGCCCUCCCGUGACUAUUACUUGAACAGAACUGCCAAUGAGAAAGUGCUGGCUGCUUAUUUGGACUACAUGGUGGAGUUGGGCACCCUGUUGGGUGGAAGUCCGGCUGCCACCCGGGACCAGAUGCAGCGGGUGCUGGAGCUGGAGAUCCAGCUGGCCAACAUCACCGUGCCCCAGGACCAGCGGCGGGACGAGGAGAAGAUCUACCGCAAGAUGAACAUCGCCCAGCUCCAGGUCGUGGCACCUGCCGUGGAUUGGCUGGAGUUUCUGUCCUUCGCCUUCUCACCGGUGGAAAUGUCGGAGACGGAGCCGGUGGUGGUUUAUGGAACCGACUACCUGGAGCAGGUGUCAGAGCUCAUCAACCGCACGGAGAGCAGCAUCCUGAACAAUUACAUGAUAUGGAAUCUGGUGCAGAAGACAGCCUCCAACCUGGACCAGCGCUUUGAGAAUGCUCAGGAGAAACUGCUGGAGACGCUUUACGGCAGCAAGAAGUCCUGUACCCCACGCUGGCAGACCUGCAUCUCCAACACGGACGACGCCCUCGGCUUCGCUCUGGGCUCCCUGUUUGUGAAGGCCACCUUUGAUCGGGAAAGCAAGGACGUUGCCGAAGGGAUGAUCAGUGAGAUCCGCACGGCUUUUGAGGAGGCGCUGGGGCAGCUUGAGUGGAUGGAUGAAAAGACCCGGCAGGCCGCCAAGGAAAAGGCAGAGGCCAUCUACGACAUGAUUGGAUUCCCUGAUUUCAUUCUGGAGCCCAAGGAGCUGGACGACGUGUACGAUGGGUACGAAGUUUCAGAAGAUUCCUUCUUCCAGAACAUGCUGAAUUUGUACAACUUCUCUGCCAAAGUGAUGGCCGACCAGCUGCGCAAGCCUCCUAACCGGGACCAAUGGAGCAUGACUCCCCAGACGGUUAACGCCUAUUACCUCCCAACCAAGAACGAGAUCGUCUUCCCUGCCGGCAUCCUGCAGGCCCCGUUCUAUGCCCGGAACCAUCCCAAGGCUUUGAACUUCGGGGGCAUCGGAGUGGUUAUGGGCCAUGAGCUGACCCACGCCUUUGAUGACCAAGGGCGCGAAUACGACAAGGAAGGGAAUCUGCGGCCUUGGUGGCAGAACGCCUCUUUGGCAGCAUUCCGGAACCACACGGCCUGCAUGGAAGAGCAGUACGGGCAGUACCACGUCAAUGGCGAGCGGCUCAACGGGCGCCAGACUUUAGGCGAAAACAUUGCCGACAACGGGGGGCUCAAGGCCGCCUAUAACGCGUACAAAGUGUGGCUGCGAAAACACGGCGAAGAGCAGCGCUUGCCAGCGGUGGGACUCACCAACCAUCAGCUCUUCUUUGUGGGAUUCGCCCAGGUGUGGUGUUCGGUGCGCACGCCCGAGAGCUCGCACGAGGGCCUGGUCACGGACCCGCACAGUCCCGCCCGCUUCCGUGUGCUGGGCACGCUGUCCAACUCCCGGGACUUCCUCCAGCACUUCGGCUGCCCGGUGGGCUCGCCCAUGAACCCCGGGCAGCUCUGCGAGGUGUGGUAGGGGCAGACAGCCUCCUCGGACAGCCCUUCCCCUGCCCCUCCAUCCUCCAGGACCCCGGAGCCGCUCUUCCUCUCCCUCCUCCGCAGGGGUCCGCGGCAACGGGGUGGCGGAGAGGGGCCUCGGGGUUGCUAGGCCAGUUGCGUCCCCUCCCUGGGAAAGCGGGACGCGGCUUUCCCAAAACCCUUUCUUCUCCCUUGCCGCGGAGCGCGCCUCUUCCGUCAAUCUCCCCCGACCACCGUGUUGUGCCACUGCUGGGGGGGGCUCUGUUUCUGCCACAGUCCUCCCCUCCUUCACUGUGACGGCCCUAGCUGAGACGGGCUCCCCGCUUCCACUCACCCGCGCCCGCCAGGUACCGUAGGGUAGAGAGGAAGUCGGGCUCCCUGGGCCGGGAGAAGGACAGAGGGAUGGGGACGGGGGUCGGGGAGAGGACGGGGCGGCUCGGCCUCUUGCUCAAAGCAGCGUAGGGCCGGGGGUGGGAACUUCAAGGGCUCUGGCAGAAACAGAAGCAAGCCCCAUCCCCUUCAUUCCAGAUGAGCCACUUCAGUAGAGAGAGGGAGAGGGAAAGGAAGAGGGAGAGAGACGGAGAGAGAACCAAUGGACUCCCAGUCUCCUUCAAAAUGGUGCCUGUGUCAGAGGAAGAGCCUUCUGGCUAACGAUCCCUUGGCCCUCCUAUCCCAAUCCCGCACUUGGGUCCUGGGGAGAUCGUGAAAAUUCAUUGAGGACCCACGUAAAAGCCCUGGAAUUUCAUUGAGGACCCCUAUAAAAGCCCUUUGCUUCAGUCAAUCUACCCCCUCCGCCCCACCUGCUGUUCCUAAGCCCCCAGCCCGGUGAGACCCCCCGGAUCCGCUCCCAGCAGCUGCUCCUCGGAUCCCCCGCAACCCCCCGUGGGUAGAACCUCAUCCUGCUGCUCUCAAUUGCUGCCCGGCGCCCCUACCUUGGGGCAGAAGCCUCCGUACCUUGCCUCCUGCCCGGGCAAUGAUUUGGGGGGCGUGGGGGUGCCAGCAACCGCAGUGUCUUAGGAGAAAUGACUGAGGGUGUGGGCCGGUUCUCCCAGAGGCCUGUGCAGAGUGAAGAUGGGAGAGAUG